UUUUUUUCAGGGUCCAGCGGCAGCCAUCACAAGUUAACUGGCCGUCCUUUUUUUUCGUGUGCACGGGCCCUGGCCGGCCCUCGAAACGGGGCUGUAUCCCAAGCCUGCAUUGGGCCUCCGGGUGUCUGAGUCUCCGCACGCCUAAGCAGACAGACAAGAACCAGCCAGCAGAGCCAGAAUAAAAAAAAAAAACACACACGCUUCUCCGCCAGUCCCCAUGAUCCACAAAUCAAUUGCGUCCGUGCCCGAAGCCGUGGAGGAGUACCUAGGUGCGUCCGUGGUGGAACGCACAGGUCGUUUGCAAUCGUUCUACGACUUGGGCCCCGCCGACAUGUGCAGCAUCCAGAAAGUGCUGUCGCAGCUGAAAACCGAGGUGGGCACGUUCCUCUAUUUCACGGGCAUCGACACGCUGAACUCGGCGUCGAUCGCCGCCCAUUUGCAGGCGUUGGCCACGCUUAUCACCUGCAAGUCUCAGUACUGGUUCGGCGAGAAAAAACACUGGAAGGUGCCGCAAUUGACCUACUGCUCGUUCAACGCGUUUUCCAGGGUCGACGUGCGUGUGACCGUGCACAUCCCCGGCAAAUUCGAGACGCAGAUCGUGGCCAGCGACGGGAAGCUCGUCCCGGACAACUUGCCCCUGGCCAGCACCGACAGGAUGUGGCUCGAGACCUUCGUGUCUUCCAUGGUGCGCUGCUUGCUCGACUCGGACGAGGACGACGCCAACAAAGUGGGCGGCUUGGUCGAAAUCAGGAGGGAAAACCCGUUUGCCAACGGCAAGGCCUCCAAGGAGCUCUUGGCAAACUUCCUUGGCGGGUUCGAGGAGCUUUUCUGGGACGGGCACAAGUUGGGCUGCGGCAUUGAGGUCCCCCAGCCGAGCGUGACGGCCAAUUACCUCGUGGACGGGUUUCUCAAGUGCGUGCAAUUGACCCAGCAUUACGACGCGGCGUUGGAGGUGUUGCGCAGGUUGGAGGCCCAGGAGCCGGCCGUGGUCUCUUUGAUUGCACGCGUCUUGCUCAUGAAGGACGAGGAAAUCCAGGCCGUGCAGACCAUGCACCGGGGAAUCGACGCGAACAACCGCGACGCAGAGCUCUUGUUGUUGGAGGCUGACUUCUUGAUGGACAAGAAACGCUACGACUUGGCCUUGCACUUGGCCCGCCAGGCGGUCCAGGCGUCGCCCUCGGAAUUCAAAACCUGGGCCACGCUCGUCAAGGUGUACACGAAAAUGAACGACUACGAAAAUGCCUUGCUCACGUUGAACUCGUGUCCGAUGAACUCCAACAAAGAGAACUUCCACUUGAAGCGGGUCGUGGGGCUCAAGGGCGACGACUUGCACUUGCCCUUCCCGGUCGACGUCACGCUUGACGAGGUGUCCAAGCUACAAAGCGCCUCCAUUGCAAUGGAGCAGAAAAACCUCGACCCCCAGUUCUACAACUUGCCCGCAGGCAACUUGAAACUGACCUUCGCCAAAGCCUACGAGUUGCUCACAGACAUUGCCGUCAAGACCGGAUGGGAGGCGCUUCUCAAACACAGGGCCAAGGUCUUUGUCAUGGAAGAGGAGUACCGCAAAGAACGCACCAACGGCACGCACUCCGUGAAGAGCAACCCAGACGAGGCCCAGCCUUCCACAGACGCGUGCCCUGCUGCUGCCCCAGAUAUGGCCCCUGACGCCAGCAUGAUCACGGUUCCCGACGACGCUUCGACUAUGGCGGUAAAGUCGCCUACAAGAGACGCGCCCAAGAAGGAAGAAACCAAUUUCGACAUGGAGCUGAAGAAAAAAAGACUCUGCGAGCGCUGGUUGGAUAACUUGUUCAUGUUGCUCUACGAGGACUUGAGGGCGUACACGACGUGGCAAGCUGAGUUCGUUCAUUCGCAAGCACAGCAGAUGGAGUACAAGAAAUCAACGUUGGAGUGGGAGAUAUUGGGGCUGAUUGCGUUUAGGUUGAAGCACUACAAAGAGGGCUCAAUCGCUUUCUCUAAUGCCUUGCGAGGCCGUUUUUCGGCAAAAUCCCAGAGGGAGUUGUUGAAGUACUACCAGUUGGAACGCUCCAAGCUCAUCUCCAAAACCAACGUGGCUGACUUGGGGAAGUCCGCCAACCACAAUCUUACAAAGAUGAUCAACCAGCUAAACGAAAAAAUCCUUGAGGCAUGCAUUAAAGUCUUGGUAUGGAACCACAGGUGGUACAACGAUUUCUCGCCUAAUUUGAUUCAGACGUUCACCGAUUUGGUAGCCAAGGAAGGCUUGAUUAAAAUCCAAUCAGUGGUUCAAGCCGUAUACUCCCAUGAGCUCAACCAGCCUGAAGGCUCGUCCAGUCUGGGAAUAAUUCACAUGAUGGAAAGCUUGUAUGACUUCGCCAAAGAAUACAAGCUUCAGGGUGUGGAGAACUAAGAAGAAAUCAAUUACGUGAUAGACUUUUUAAAAACCAGCUGGCAGUAUGAAAAAACUGAUCCUGG